GACCUCCCUGCGACCGCCGCGUAGUAGCGCCCGCUCCGCCGCCGCUCGCCGGUUGCCCCGCGGCUCUCCGCCCGCGCGCCUCAGUGAGCCGCCGCCGCCGCAGCGUCCGCCUCCCUCACGGCUCUGCUCCCCGGGCCCUCACCGAGGGACGAGGAGGAAGGGGCGCCGCAGCGCUCCGGUCCCGCGCCCACCCCCGCUCCGCUCGGCCAGGCUCGUCAGCGCGGCAGAGGCGGCGGCGCCCGGCAUGUAUCAGAGCCCGCGGCGGCUCUGCUCGGCCCUGCUGCUCAGGGACGCCCCCGGCCUGCGCCGCUCGCUCGCGCCCAGCCCGCGUCGACCGCGUCGCCCGCUCGCCCCGCCGGUGCUCAGACCCCGGCCCGCGUCCCCGCGACUGCAGGCGGCGGCCUCGGGCGCCGGGAGGUCGCGGCCCGGAACAGUGAGUUCCAUGGGAAACGGCACGAGUAGGCUCUACAGUGCUCUCACCAAGACACUCAACAGCAGUGCAGCUGCUCAGCACCCGGAGUAUUUGGUGUCAGCUGACCCAGAACAUCUGGAACCCAUUGAUCCUAAGGAACUUCUCGAGGAAUGCAGAGCUGUUCUGCACACUCGUCCACCUCGAUACCAGAGGGAUUUUGUGGCCCUAAGGAGAGAUUGCCCCAGUAGCCACCCUUCCAUUAGAGUCAUGCAGUGGAACAUCCUUGCCCAAGCUCUUGGAGAAGGCAAAGAUAAUUUUGUACAGUGUCCUGUUGAAGCACUCAAGUGGGAAGAAAGGAAAUGCCUUAUUCUGGAGGAAAUCUUGGCUUACCAACCCGAUAUAUUGUGCCUCCAAGAAGUGGACCAUUAUUUUGACACCUUCCAUCCACUCCUCAGUAGACUGGGCUACCAAGGCACAUUUUUUCCCAAGCCCUGGUCCCCAUGUCUCGAUGUUGAACAUAACAAUGGACCAGAUGGCUGUGCUUUAUUUUUUCUUCAAAACCGUUUCAAGCUCAUCAGCAGCACCAAUAUUAGGCUGACAGCCAUGACCCUAAAAACCAAUCAGGUUGCCAUCGCACAGACCCUGGAGUGCAAGGAAUCAGGCCGACAAUUCUGUGUUGCUGUCACCCACUUAAAAGCACGCACUGGCUGGGAGAGGUUUCGAUCAGCUCAGGGCUGCGACCUUCUCCAGAACCUCCAGGACAUCACACAAGAAGCCAAGAUUCCCCUGAUUGUCUGUGGGGACUUCAAUGCAGAGCCAACUGAAGAGGUCUACAAACACUUCGCUUCCUCCAGCCUCAAUCUCAACAGCGCCUACAAACUGCUGAGUCCUGAUGGACAGUCCGAGCCUCCAUACACGACCUGGAAGAUCCGCACCUCAGGGGAGUGUCGCCACACCCUGGACUACAUCUGGUACUCCAGACAUGCUCUGAGUGUCACAUCUGCUUUGGAUCUGCUCACUGAAGAACAGAUUGGGCCCAACCGGCUCCCGUCCUUUCAUUAUCCCUCAGACCACCUGUCACUAGUGUGUGACUUCAGCUUUAAUGAGGAGCCUAAUGAACUUUUAUAAACACUGCAUCAUAUUAAUCAUGAGCGUCUUAACCAGGGAUGUUUUGGGAAAUUGAAGUAUGAUAAGAAGUUGCCUGAAAAACAAGACACCCAGUUUCUGCCACUUCAC